UGCCAGUUUUCAUUAGUGUCAUGUAGCCUCUUAAAAUGGACGUCAUAUCGUGUUGCUCAUGAGUAUUUUAAUUUUUCUAUCUCUCGCGAUUUCUCUCUCACUAAAAUUCACGAAUGACUGAUCAUCAAGAAGAACAAAAGAACGAGCUCGAAGCUCUGGAGUCGAUUUAUCCUGAGGAGUUAGAAGUACUGGAAACUACUCCAUAUGCAGUAUUUGAGAUCACUCUUGCCUCCCAGAAACAUGAAGAUGAAACAGAUGAGGAAUCUGUAUCAUGUACCAUGAAGUUUGGCUACACAGCCAUCUACCCAGACGAGCCACCGGAGAUGGAGAUCACAGACUCUGACAACUUGGAGGAAGAUGAACUCACAGACCUGAUCAAUCACAUGCAGACCUUGGCAGAGGAGAACCUGGGCAUGGCUAUGGUGUUCACCAUGGUGUCAGCCAUACAGGAGAAGCUUUCCUGCUGUAUAGAUGAGAGGAAGAAACAGAGGAAGGCUGCAGAGGAGAGACGGGUCAGGGACGAGGAGGAACUAGAAAGGAAAAAGUUUGAGGGCACACGAGUGACCAUAGAGAGUUUCCUGGCCUGGAAGACAAAGUUUGAAGCAGAAAUGGCUGAACUAAGGAAGCGGAAAGCAGAAAGUGACAUCUUGAAGAAUAGACUCUCUGGCAAAGAAUUAUUCAUGCGAGAUGAAUCCAUGUUGGACUCAGAUGUGCAAUUUUUACAAGCAGAAGGAGAGAAUGUGGAGGUGGACGAGUCCUUGUUUCAAGACAUGGAUGAUCUUGACCUUGCAGAAGAUGUUGAAGUGGAGGACUGAUAAAUUAUAUGAAUAGUUUCUGUAUUUGUUUGUGAAUAAAUGCCUUUUACAUUUA